AAGGACAGAUAAUCUGCAGUCUGAUUUCCUAUCAAGCUCUGCCUCUUGCUUUCGGGUUUGGGUUGGAUAAUUAAUUGCUGUGGCUAUGAGUUGUGGAAUCAAGAGAACAGUUACUACUGUCUCUAGCUCAGCUAAGGGCAGUGGUGGUAGCUAUGGUGUUGGUGGAGGCGGUGGGGGAGCAAGGACUUCAUCAGUCUGUUCUGGAAAAAGCAUCUCUGGUGGGAUGGGCAGCAGUAGAGGUUUUUCUGCCAGGAGUUUCGGUGGUGGACGGUGUUAUGGAGGAGGGCUGAGUACUGGUAGUUUAGCUGGUGGAAGUUAUGGAGGGGCCGUAGGACUAUGCAACAUGGGAAACAUUGGAUUCAGCAGUGGCAGCACCUGUGUUGGUGGUGGCUUUGGUGGUGGUGGUGGCUUUGGUGUUGGCGGUGGCUCUGGGUUUGUUGGUGGCAUUGGAGGUCCCAUUGAUUGUGGUUUUGGUGGUGGCUUUGGUGGUGGCUUUGGUGGAGGCAUAGUUCCUGGGGGAGGCUCUGGGGGUGAUGGCCUACUUUUCUGCUGUGAUGAAAAGAUAACCAUGCAGAACCUUAAUGACCGCCUGGCAUCCUACCUGGACAAGGUGCGAUGCCUGGAGGAAGAGAAUGCUGAACUGGAGUGCAGGAUCCGGGACUGGUAUGCCAAGCAUGGCCCCACCUGUGAGCCAAAGGACUACAGCUGCUACAUCAGGGAAAUAGAAGAUCUUCAAAACCAGAUUGUGUGCGCCACUGUUGAUAACAACAAGAUCAUUCUGGACAUUGAUAACAGCCGGAUGACCGGUGAUGACUUCCGAAUGAAGUAUGAGACUGAGCUGGCCCUUUGCCAGAGUGUGGAGGCUGAUAUUAAUGGUUUACGCCAAGUCCUGGAUCAGCUGACUCUCUGCAGAUCUGACCUGGAGGCACAGCUUGAAGCCCUGAAGGAGGAGCUGUGCUGUCUGAAGAAGAACCAUGAGGAGGAGAUUAAUUGUCUGAGGAACCAGUCCACUGGAGAUGUCAAUGUGGAGGUCAAUUCCUGCCCUGGUCCAGAUCUGAAGCAAAUCUUGGAUGACAUGAGAUGCCAGUAUGAAGCUAUCAUUGCGCAAAACCGCAAAGAGGUUGAGGAUUGGUAUGCAUGCAAGAUUGAGGAGGUGAAUCAGGAGGUCAUCUCAAGCAGUAAGGAGAUAGAGUGUAGCAACAGCCAGGUCUCUGAACUGAGACGUGAACUACAGGCCUUGGAGAUUGACCUGGACUCCCAGCUUAGGAUGAGGGACAAUCUGCAGUCUUCUCUGGCUGAAACCGAACGUCGCUACAACAAUCAACUUGCCGAGUUACAGAACCAGAUCAUCUGUGUGGAGCAGCAGUUGGCUGAGCUGCGGGCAGAAAUCGAGUGCCAGAACCAAGAGUACAAGGUCCUCCUGGAUGUCAAAUGCCGGCUGGAGCAGGAGAUUCAGACUUACUGCUGUCUACUGGAAGGAGGACAAAGGGAGUUAAUUAGCCAACAUGGAGGGAUUUCAUCAGGAAUUAUCCACUCUUCUGGUGGAGGAGGAGGAAUUUGUAAAACUUCAGGUGGAAUAAUCGGAGGAGGAGGAGGAGGAAUCGUGAAAACUUGCCAUACUUACACUUCUUCUUCCACAUGCCCACCUGUGGAUAUACAAGGUCCCUGCAGAAGGGUUUGUGAUUAAUCUGAGAAACCAGCAUCCUCUGGGGCAAGACCUAUGGAGCAGACCCAUGGACCAAGCAAGAGCCUACCCACAAUGUUUACUGCACACCUAUGCCAAGAGCAAGGCGAAAAACUCCUUCCAACUACUCAGUAAUGCUGAUGCCAUUUGUCCAAAGGGGCCCAUUAGAGUUUUGGCCUACUUUCCUCCCUAUUGUGCUACUUGCUUACUCCAUUCUGUCCCGCCUUCUGUGCCCAAUCGCAAUCAUUACUUAUUUGAGUUAAUUUGUGCUGAGAUUGAUUACCUUCUGGUGAGAAAUCACCCCCCCCUAAUAAAACUUUGCUUUUGCCUGAUGCAAACAAGAAA